CAACUUGAUGGGGCAGGUACAGAAGAAACCAGGAAGCACUAGUUGUAGUUUUUGAGCCAAUGACAAACCAUCUGCCUAGGCGUCUUACGCGAGGAAGACAUUAUGACAUUGACAUUAUGGAGCAAUCUGAGUGUCCCUUCAUCCUUAAAUAUUACCCAAAGUCGUUUUUGUCAACCCCCAUUGAAAAUCUGUGACGUUUUCCUUAAAUAGCAGAAACAUCCUAUAUUGGCCAGGGUUUCUGACAGAUACCAGGCUUUAAUAUCUUAUUAGAUGUUGUCUGUUUAAGACAUAAAUAUUAACUUGGGAUCAUCAUGUUUUUCCUGCUUAUGUUGCAAUUCUGUGUUUUAUAUGUAUUAAUAUUGUCGUGCAUGCAGGCUACAGUGAUAUUACCUUUUAUUUUGUGACUUCUAUUUAACACGUGCUUGGUCCUUUGCAGAAAAACCUGUCUACUUUUAGAAAAUAAUGAUUUUCCCAUAUUUUAAUUAUAUCAUUGUAUAUUACGGUACUGAAAACUAUGAUUAAAAACUAGAAAAAGUAAUUUCUUGAGAAAUUACGUGGGAGAGCUGAUCUGCUGCCGUAACAAUGCCAAACGCUGAUUAAGCUGCUGACGUCACAAAGUUGACGACAAAACGAUGAAAACAACAAAACAUUGACUAAUUAAAAGGAUGACGGCGAUUAAAAAGAUGACCAUGGUGAAACGAUGACAAGAUUAAAACGAUGACAAGAUUAAAAAGAUGACAAUGAUUCACAAGUUGACAGAGGUAAAAAGAUGUCAAAGACAUCUGACCAAGGUGCAUUGUUGAGAUUAAUGAAAAAGCUGACUAGCUUUUUAUUUUGAAACGAUUUGAGGAAGUAUUUGUAGUUAAUUGACUAAGUGUGUAAUAGUUUAAUAACUAGUCAUAAUUUACCAGUCAGAAUCAAAAAUCUUAAAUUAAAAUAAAUUACAUUAGUGCUUUUAUUUUUAAAGGAUUUAGAAGUUGUGCGAGUGAUUACUAAACUAUAAAAUAGGCGAUAAAGCAAAAAUUAUUAUUAAAGCAAAAGAUUUACAUUAAGCCCUUUCAGAAUAAAAGCACCAUAAUAAGUGUUUUAAUAAGUUAUUUAUUGAGCUGUAAAAUAGUCUCAUUAAGGAUUGGUAAUUAUUCAGUCAGAACCAGAAACUUAAAGCAUAUAAAUUGCAUUGGUGCUUUUAAUUCGAAAGGAUUUAGAGGAAAUGCGUGGGGGUAAUAACGUUACUGUCAAUUAGUCUUUAAAGGUCCAUGCACAUGCAAAAAUCACUUUUUGGACAUUCUGGUACGUUUUUUCGACUCCCUGGGUCAUAUUAAGACACUCCUGGUGUGUUAGAAGUACGCCCCCUACUUAUUUCACAUUUUUGAGAGUUUAUCCAAGCCGGUUCAAGAACCAUCGUUUCAAAUUUGGCGGCCUCGAUACGUCUGCAUUUGCGCUGACCAAUCACAGAACCAGCUUCGCCCCCCCAGACAAACCGGGACCCCAAAAUGUACCUGCAACAUUUCGUUUUAGUCCCUCCAGUCACAGACAAAAGAAGAAGUCACUCACUGCGCAGUCUACCAUAGGAGGUGGCGCUAAUGCACCUUUCAGUUGGUUGCCACCCUCCAUUUAAAAGACAAAAGAAGUCACUUAGGUUGAAGAAGCGCCCACUUGCUGCUUCCCCAAACGUAAGUACAUGCUUGAUACUUAUUUGAUGUAUGUACUCCAGAAGUUUCUCUGUUUAUAAUGUAGUUUCCCUCCUGUGUAAGGAAUGCUAAUUGCUAGAACCGUUGCGUUGCCACGCAAUUUGGAUGAGUCCAAGCCUCUCCAGCAUUUGUCCGGUUCGAAUUGUGUGAUAUAUGGUACUGAGGUCAUUCACUCAGCUCACAUUAUAGCUGCUAGCGCGAUAGUAGCGCAGCGUUAGCGGCUAGUGUUAGUGGCUAGCCCUAGUAAGUUGUGAGUCAGCUGUGUUUCUAAUUAUUACCGAGCCUGACGUGUGUAUGUUGUAGCCCGAGUAGACCUGUGAAUUUGGGUUAUGGCAGGUUCUAUCUAAGUCUAACGUGUGUUGUUGCUUAUCUAGUCAGCUACUUUAGCUGUAAACGUGACAUAUUUUUUUAUACAGGCUGACGCAUGCCAGCUACCGAAACGCGAGGAGGUUGCUUCUCAAACUGACACACGGCUACCUUGUAGAAGAGUAGAAGAGUCCUCACCUCAGGAGCAAAGAGUGGUGUCAAGGAAAACAGCUGCAUCCUCCAUCUAUACAGCAGCUGCACUGCUUCCGAUGUCUUCCAACACGUGAAGACAAAAAUGAUCCUCACAUCUCCCCAGCCAACUGCCCAUGACUAUACCUGUUCCACUCCAGAAACUAUGCUUUCAACAUAAUCCUACCCGUUAAUUUUGUGGUCUGCAAAUUGAACUGUGACGGUAACUUAUCCAGCAUUAUAGGGCUGGUGCAUUGGUUAAAAAUAAAGUUGGCUUUGACUAUUGCUGUUUCACUGAACUAUUUCUGUAUGUAUAUACCUAAUGAGGGAAAAAAGACAAAUGUUUUAUAAUAUUUCAGCUUUUAUUGAGGUAUUGCCAAAAAAACCCAAUAAUUUAGGUAUUUCACAGGUGGUCUAAGUCCAACAUAGGUGCCUUGUCCCUCAGGAAACACUGCCUUGAUCCAGACCAGGGAAGGUGGGAUGACUUGGACUCUUUGGCCUAGAGGUCCCCAGCAGCAGCUGACAAGACUUCUAGGCUAGAUACCUGCAACAACUUGAGAUACAGACAGACAUAGUACUGAAAAAAACAAUAAUUUCUAUUAGUUAUAUAUUAGCACUUGAUAUAUCAUACACCUUACUAAAAGCAAUUAAAAAAAAAAUUAGGUCAAUAUAUAUUUAGAAACAAAACUAUGUUUGUAAACCAGAGUUCCCAGGUACAUUAUGAUUAAUCUGUAAAUAGUAGAAUGUUCUAAAGUUUUUUAUGAAUUUCUGAGAUACUGAUAUAUUCCAUGCAUGUGUAAUUGUCUGAUAUACUGUAUAUUAAAUGUGUUCUGUAAUGAAUACACAUUCAAUCAUACUGGCUCCAGUCCUGGAUCAUCAACCAUACAUGACAGUAGGUUUGGCAACUAGUUCAGGCGUCUUGAGGUAAGAUUUAUCGAAAUUUUAAUUUAUUAAUAAAAGUAAUAAACAUAUGCAAUAUCUUGAAAGCAAUAUUUGCUGUCACACCAUGGCAUUCACUGUUCCUACAUUGGCACUUAAUUACAGACAAAUAUGGCAAAAUAUAAGCUGCAGCUGAAGAUCCCAUUAUAUAGAAAAAAUAUUUUUACACAGCAGCAGAACGAGAAAUAAAAAAACAUGUAAAAAUGAGUAUAUAUUAGUUUAUCAAGCUAUGCUCCCAAACAAGCUGUAGUCGUGUUAUGAAUAUUCUGUUGUAUUAAUUCAGGCUGCUAAUUUCCAACCAUUAGUAUUUAGCGUUAGCAGCUAAUCAAGUUGCGUCCAGUUAGACGUACCUUAGACGUACCUUGCGCCAGUCGAACUGUAACCACUUCAACAGCCUCCCAUUCGACUUCAGAGUCAGAUUUUGGAUCAAAUGUAUGGUUGAACUCCACUCCGAGGACGAGUCAGGCAGUGUCACUGUUACAAUGGAUUCAGUGACUGUGACGUUUCAUUCCCACGGCUAUGCGCUUCCUCAAAGGGGUGUGGCGAUCAGUUUAGCUUCUGACACGCUCCGAAAAUAGAGCGUUGGGGACGAGAGCUUAAAACACACAUUUUCAGACGGGCCGUGUGGGCGAUCUACAGCGCUUUUUGGCAUGAAAAGUUACAGACACCUUACUGAGACAUCAAGGUCCAAUUCUUUAGCAAUGUGGAGCAUGAAAAAAGCGUGUGCAUGGAUCUUUAAAUAGUCAUAUUUAACCAUUCAAAGGCAAAAACAGUGCAGUUAAAGCUAAUCAAUUGAAUUGGUGCUUUUAUUUUGAAAGGAAGUAGGGGAAGCACGUGUGGGUAAUUACUAAACUGUUAAUCUAUCUUUAUAUAGUCAUAAUUACUUAGCCAAAAGCAGAAAUAUUGCUAUUAAAGCUAAUUAUUUGGCUUGGUGCUUUUAUUUUGAAAAGAUUUAAAGGAAGUGUGUGCUUAAUUACUACACAAUCCAAUAGUGUAGACUAAUCAGUAAUAAGCAUGGAACCGCUUUGUACACUGAGCAUCAGGAGAAAAUUAUCAUUAGUCUAUGGGAGAAAUUCAGGAUCUCUCUUCGCUUUGAGGUUGACAGCGACUAAAGUAUAGGUCUGAGGGUAUAGCCAGACACAUUAAAAAGAAGACAAGUAUGACUACAAUUUACUGAAAAUAUUACAUUGAUAGAGUGAAAAUUGUGGCUGUAGUGACGAGUUAAAGACAGAAGUUCUGUCUUUAAAAAGCAAGCCCUGUUUCCAGCUGUCCCACUAAUAAAAAAAAAUAGAAGAUAACAAUAGAAUAGAAGAAAAUAACAAUAGAUAACAAUAGUGUGAGAGCUGUUGCCAGCUCUCUUACUAAAUAUGUUGGAAUAUAUAGUAAACAAAGCAGUGUUAACUGACUCACCAUAAAUCUCAACAGACCCUUGUUAAUAUCCUGUCAUCAUCCAGUAUCAUGCUUUAUCAAGUUUAAAAAUAUAAAAUUCAAUAAGAAAUAGGCCAGUGUUUUGCCAGGAAUUUGGUGAUAUGAUGCUAUAGGGGUAAAGAUUCAAUAUGUUCCAUUAUUCUUUCCACUAGUUCAUUGUGUUGAUUGUGCGUUGUAGAGCUAGAGUUAGACUAUUUCUCUUAUGCAACCACAUAGUUUUUAUAUUUGCGUAAGUUUAUAAUUUAUUGGUACGGCGUAAUGUAGCUUUACUUUGCCAUCUCGAUUCCUUUUUUUUUUUAUAAGGUUUUUACAAGGUGGAGUUUAAGACCUUACACAACAGAUCCCACAUACAGAAAGCCUUUAAUUAUAAUUCAUUACAAUUUGACAACAACAGUGGAGAGGAAAAACUACUUCUCCAACAGAACCAGGCUGAAUGUGGGUGGCCAGCUGCCUCGACCGGUUGAGGUGAGGGAAUAGACAGAGAGAAAUGCACAGCAACAAGAAUAAACAACAACAGAGCACAGGCAGGAUGGUUGGAUCUGCGACUGCCCAUCACCAACACAAAUCUGAGUCAAACCUGUAGGUGAGGACAGAGUGGAGGACAAGCACACUGGAAAGAAAGAGACCAGAUUAGUUAAACAUGAAACAAUGAUGUGAGGUUAUUGGAUAGAAAAGAGAGAAGGAAACAGGAGCUAGAGAUGGUUCAGUCAUUGCCAGUGACCUGAACCAACUCUAACUAUAAGCUUUAUCAAAAAGGGAGUUUUUAAGCUUGACCUUAAAGGUGCAGAGUGUCAGCUACUCAAACCUGAACUGGAAGCUGGUUUCACAGUAGAGGAGCUCUGUUUCCUGUUCUGCAUUUAAAGACUCUAGGAACCGCAAGUAGCCCAACGCUCUGCAAACGAAGCGUUCUUUUGUGAGCUUAAGGAACUAUGCGGUCUUUAAGAUAAAAGGAGCUUUAUCAUCAAGUGCUUUGUAGGUCAGUAGGAGAAUUUUAAAUUCUAUCUUACAUUACACAGGGAGCCAGUGCAGAGUGUAAUUCAAGUCCCGUCAGAAGUGGCUGCAGCAUUUUAAAUUAGCUGUAGGCUUUUUAGGGAGCUGUUAGGACAUCCAAUGAGUAAGGAGUUACAAUAGUCCAGCCUAGGGGUAACAAAUGUAUUGAUCCGUUUCUCUGCAUCGCUCUGAGAGAGGAUGUUUCUAAUUUUAGCUAUAUUUCUAAGAUGAACCUAGGUAGUUUGGGAGAUUUGUUUAAUGUAUGAUGUAAAAGAGAGAUCCUGGUCAAAGAUGACAGGGUGGCUAUCUGACUAAGUAGUAUCUCUCUGAAAUUCUUAUCGUUUUGCCUAAAAAUCACAUUUUUAUGUUACUAGAGAGUAGAGAGGCUCUUAGAUUUAGAUAAAGGGAAAUAUUCUCCUCCCACCUUUCAGGCAACUGAAGACACAAAAAGUUCACAAUUGAACAGAAUGAUUAUACUGUAAUUUUAGACCACUAGCUGUUUGAAAUUAUAUGUUUUGAAUACAUAAUUUUACUUUUCUGUAUAAUUUUUUAAUGUUUUCGGUAUCAAUGUAUAGAAAUGAAGAAUAAAUAAAGAAAGAUCCAAAUGUUAAGGUGUUUCCUAAUCCUUGGCAGGUAGUGUAGAAUAAAAAGAAAAAAUCUGACUUUGUUGACCAUUGUGUGCUGUCUGGCGAAGGUUUUUUUAACCGAACAUUACGAAAUUUCUUCACGUAUUGCCAAUGUAUGUCAAACCUAGCUACCUUUAUGUUAUUAUGGAAUACUGUUGAUUUUAAUUUGUUCGAGAAGAUGGUAAGCGUGGGACGGUAGAUAUUCCACUGUGAUCAUAGGAUUGAGUUAUCCUGCUGUUUGCACCAGUCCAUUGUGAUGAUUGUGCAUAGUAGAGUGCAGUUCUUUAGACUAUUAUAUAGUGUGAUAUAUUUGCCUUUUUAAGUUUAUGAUGAUUUCAUUGUUGAGGCAUAAUAUUGCUUUGCUUUCCCAUCAUGAAAGAACCUUGACAGAGAACAAGAAUUCUUAAACCUGCCCACAAACAUUAAGAGAAUCAUACGACACUAUAUAAGGACUAGGUCAAAUUCUUGAAAGGAAAGAGGACCCCUAACACUGAGCUACCUUUCAAAUUAAAAACAAAACUUAUUUGUAAUAAUAUCUUUUUGCUUUCCACCUCACAGUCUCGCUAUGCAACUCGCACCUUUUUCCUCCCCUUCAUUUGGACCCCUGUGCUAUAUUGUCGGCUGCUGACAGAAACCAGAGGAACUCAUUUCAGUUGGACCUGUGACUGGUGCUGCUACAGUGUCUGCUUCUUGACUGGCUCAGAUUGAGGCUCAGGCACAAGUUGCUGUGCAGCAGCUUGCUGCUAUAGCAACCAAAAUCCUUCUCACACAGCCCUCUUGAAUUUUGUCAUUAGACCAAUAGCUUUGCUUUGGGUUUAACAUUGAAACAAUAAGCAAAUCCUACAACACUGCACACAGCCUGUUUUACUUGUGCAAUGUACCACCAUCAGUCUCAGCAACAGGGGCCACAGCCUUUCUCUAAUGGCUCCAGACCUCCUCAUCAGCCACCUGCAAAUCAACAUCAGAGUCGGACUCCCUCUGAUAUGUUGUCACAGGUUAUAGGUUUUCAGUUUCCUCGUCCUACUCAGUUGCCUGAUGAACUGGAGUCUGCCCUGGCUAUCCGGGGGGCUAGAGACAUGGACCAUCGCCUCAUUGACCACAGGAAUCAGCAAAACCAACAUCACAACCUCGACUCCAGUUCUGGGAUUAGUCAACCUGGGAGUUAUGGCGCUAAUCCAGUAACUGUUUCCUCUGACAACAAACCUACCCACCAACAAGGAGCGGACUGGUCAAGUUACCAACCUCCAAAUAAAUUGUUUGUCAGUCCUGCAGCUAGUGCUAGUCAACAGUCACAACAGCAGCCUCAGAGCAGCCAUACUGGACUAAACCUCCCCAAUUGGACUAGCCCUGCAAAUUCCUCACCUUUAUCUCAAUCUUGCCACUCUAGUGGUGCAAGGGGUGGUGGAGAGGGUCAGGGUUUGUACACACCGGAAAGUGCAGGAAGUAUUUUGGCUAGUUUUGGACUUUCAAAUGAGGACUUGGAAGUGCUGAGUCACUACCCUGAUGAUCAGCUGACCCCAGACACUUUGCCAUUCAUUUUACGUGACAUUCAAAUCAACAAAUCCGGAAACUUAAAAGCCGUGGCUUCCACUUCAGCAUCAUUUUCACCCGGCAUCCGCGAUAUUCGAUUACCUACUUCUCACUGUUUGCCAUUGACACAUUUACAGUCUGUGGAGGUUCCCAGUCUUCUUACUGUUACUCAAACGGCAGGAAAAGUUAUUGACUAUGGCCACGCCAGUCGUGCAAACAAUGAAAGUAGCACCAGAGAGACUUUCAAAAGAGAGCCACUGUCAAGUGAACGAACAAUUAAAAUAUACCCAUCCUCAUUGUCGUCAUCAACUGCAAAAGUGGAUAAAGCUGAGAGGCAACAGGUUCAUUUGGAGCACACAGAACCAAGUAAGCAUGGUGACAAAGAUUACCGCAGGACAAGUAGCGACCAUUGCAAGAGCCGUCGAUCGCCUGGGAGAGAUUUUCCACCUUCAUCAAAAGCUCGUAAUUUAGAUCAAGACUACAGACAGGAACGACUGAAGCCAAGGCCCUUAUCUGAAAUUAGAAGUGAGGAUUCCUCAAGACAGUCUCUGUCCUCUUCGUCAGACUCAAAACCAGUCAACAAAAGCAAGAGGUUUCCUUCUCCAACCAUGGUGACUGAUUUCUCAGCUAUGCUUCCCAAGGUGUAUCCCCAUACCUGCACCUUGUGCCACACACAGAGCGAUGAGGAGAAGGACUGGGUUGCUCAUGUUAACACCGUUGGCCACACUGCUGCCUGCAGAGACCUUCGCAACAGGUAUCCCACAUGGAAACCAAAUCUACCAAGUCGAAGUGGACGAUAUGUCAGCCGGACUCUGUGGGAUCCCAGGGAUGGCUCUCCAUCACAGUCUGUAUCCCGAUCACGGUCGCCUUCUCCUUCCUCAAGCAAACACCGGGGAGACUCCCUUAGACCACACGGGAGGUCUUACUCACCUCACAGUUAUGCUCGCCCCCACUACCCAGAGUACCACUACUCUGGCACACGCAGUCCGCCUGACCUGCACCAGACCUCCUCCUUGUAUAGAGAUCAUCACCCUGAGAAGAGAAACAGGGAACCAACAGGGAAUUCUUCUCGAAGGGCUGUGAAGCGUCCACAUGAUGCUGCAGUCAGGUGCCCCACCAAAACCAACAAGCAGCAAUCCCUCCCCAAACAAGGACCUGCACAGCCAAGCACCAAAGUUGUUAAGAGCACAACAAAGCCUGGACCCAAGUCCACCAAGUGUCCACCAGCCAGGAAGAAGAAAAGAACAGUGAGUCCACCCGCACAGGACUGGUCUGUUGCAGAUCGCCUGGUGUAUCUGACUGGCAUUCCAAACGAUGCCUUGGAGCAGGAAGUCACAGACUUGGUUGGGGCCUUUGGCAAGAUUAACAACGUCCUCCUCAUGCCGGGCUCUGGGGAGGAGAGCCUGGAGUCUGAAGGACAAAAGGCAUCUGUGUGCAUGGUAAAGGCUAAAGACGCUGAAGCAUUAGCUACCUCCACCAGUCUGUCCAUUAGAGGCCAGCAGAUCACUGCUUCAGUAGCCAAGAAACCUGAAGGUGGACAUUGUUCUGAUGGCAACAACAGCAACCUUCUUCAAAGACAGAAGAGUGGUCCUGGAGAGGAUUCAGGAGGUGAAGCUGACCAGAAGACGGUUGAUGAGAAGGGCAUGGUGUUGAUUACUGGACUUCCUGAGAGUGGCUGGUCAGUAAGUGACAUAAUCUCAAUUGUUGAGUCAUCUGGGACUCCCUCCGACAUCGUCAUGGCAGCACAAAUAGGAAAGGUGCUGGUGUCAGUGCCUGACAUUGAGACUGCUCAAGAGCUGGUGAAAGUCAACACUUUUAAGCCUGCCAAGGUUAAAGACCAGGAGGUAACAAUGAUCCAGGUGAAACAGCGCAUCGGCUUCAGCACUCCGGUGGCACUUUACAAUACAUUGAUGCGAUCAGUGGACACAGAAGAGAGUCCUGCUCCCGUAAUCUGGAGCAGCCUUUUGGUGAUCAAUAAUGUUCCUGACUCGUUGUCUGCCUCCUCUGAGGUUCAGAAACUGGUGCGACGCUUUGGUACAGUUAUUAAGACGCUGGUUCUCAACAAUAUGGUAAUUUGUGAAAUGGCCACCGCAACCAUGGCCCUGUCUGUAUACAAACGCUUCCAGACGUUCCCAUGCAUCAUUCAAAACAACCCUCUCUUCUUCUCCCGCAAGCCGGAUGCCAAGGCACAGACAAAAGUCAUUGCUGCAUAUGCUAAAUCAUAUGUGGGUACAUCUAUAAGUAGCAAGGGAAGCCAAACAGGAGCAGUUUUGGACAAAGAGGAGGCAGCACAUGAAGAAAAGCAUAACUCUCAAUUGGAGGAGAUGGGAGAAGAUGAUAAUAAUGAUAAGAGAGAAGGGACAGUCAAGAACAGGGAUAUGACUACUAGUAGUAAAAAUGAAGGCAAAGACAUUGAGCUAACAAAGGGUGUUUGCAACUGUGCUAAUUCUGACGCCAUCCUAGGAGGAAGUGUGGAUGUGGACAUAAAAGACAUGGCCACUGUUCAGAAUGCUGUGGAGACAUCAGAAGAGAAUAAAGACAUCAGUGCAUCUGAAGUUACACAUGUGACUGUAGCUGGUGAAGAGACAGAGCCACGUGCAUCUAAUGGUGAUGCAGCUUCUGGGGAGACAGUUGCACCAGAAAUCCAUAAGCAGGUUACUCAAGAGAUGGUUAAUGUGCUGCUUAUGGAGUGUCGAACAAGAUUUGGCAGCCAGCCCAGCAGCAUAGCAGUUUCCUGCAGAGAAGAGAACGAGAGAGAGAUACAAGGAGAAAAAGAGCUGCAUGAAAAGGCAACAGAGGAGUCAAAAGAACAGGCUAAGAAACACCCAGAAGAAGAAAAGAAGCCAGACAAGGAGAAGAAAGCAAAACAAGCAAGAAAGGAGAAGGUGAGGGAAAGAGAGAGAAGGGAGAAGGAGAGGAGGCCCUCUGAGAAGGAAGAGAGGGCUAAGAGGGAGCGGGAUGAAAGAAUGAGGGAAUGGGAGAGGAGGGACCGAGAGAGGUGGGAGAGAAAGAGAGCAUAUGGUGAAGGUCUUCCUGGAUCAAAGUCAUCUGUAGAGAGUCCAAGAAAGAGCUCCUGGAGAGAUGACCACAACAACAGGCCAGAGGCUGAGAUUCAAAUGGACGAGGAGGAGGAGUUCCCUUUCAAUAUGAGUGACUUUGUGACUGUAGAUGAAGUAGGAGAUGUGACUGACAUUCCUUCCCCUGUUCAUUUGGAAACCAUAGAGAAAGGGGGAGAAGCUCUUACAUCUGAGCCGGAAACCGUUGAGGACACACCCACAAAAACAUUGUUAGAGGCCCCAGCAGAAACUGACAAGCAAGUGUCAGAGCGUGAAACACAUGUGGCACCUGAAAGUAAGACCACAUGUCAGACAGCCGCUCUAGGCUCACACACUGAACACUUAUUCCUAAACGCCCUCACAAUCUUAGGUCAACCCCCUGAAGCUGCUGCCGAGGACUCUGACAGCACAGAAAAAGGGGCCCCCGCUGCAGGUACUGGGCCACCACUGCAAAUAAGUGACAAGGAGGGCAACAGUGUGAGCAACAGCCUGGUUGAGGAGGAGAUGGUGGUGUCAAACAAAACAGGAGAGAAGACGCAGGAUGAUGACACAGAGGAGAUGGCUUCAUCUGCAGCGACGGGAAAUCAAGAACAGUUCAAAGACCAAACUGACAUCGGAGACAAGUGUGAGAGGAUGUCCAUGAGUGCAGAUGACAUACUGCCUCCUUUUGACCCGAGCAGCCCAGUUGGCAUGGAGGUCUUGGUCCCAAAAACUGGGUUCUUCUGUAAGGCAUGUAAUCGCUUCUUCAGUGGAAACAAAGAAGCAGAGAUCAACCACUGCAAAACCUUCAAACACUAUGAGAACCUGAAGAAAUAUAUGAAGACCCCACAAACAUAAGACGUGAUCUCCAAAGGUGCCUCCAGGUUGACGAGCUGUCAGAGUUCUGACUGAGUCUCCCAUUUCCUUCCUAUCGUCUCCUUUGGUGGUGUUCUCUUCUUUGUUGUUGUCUUUCUGCCAAAAGGUCCAGAUUUUCAUAUUGCUGUAAACUAAACUUGUGUCUUGUCCUCUUGUUUUUAGUAUCUGCUUAAAGUUUUUGUUGUUCAAUUAAGAGGCACAAGAGGAAACUGUACAGAUGAAGAACUGUGCAUUAGCAAUAAAAACACCUGAAUAAACGUA